AAAAUAAAAAUGUGUUAAUGUCUUUACACACCGUUACAGUGAUGUGUGUUUGUCCUCAGCAGCAGUGAUGAGCAGCAGAAGCCGCAGGGCCUGCACAAAGAGACGGAAAGGACGGUUCUCCAGAGGGACAGUACAGAAGCCUUCAUGGACAAAAGAGGAGGAGGAGAAGCUGCACAGAGUGGUGAAAGAGUUUGGAUCCAACAGCUGGCCUUCAGUGUCCCUGCAUCUUAAAAGGUCAGAGGGGGAGUGUCAGCGGCAGUGGCAGCAGAUAAAGAAUCCUGAGCUGGUGAAAGGGCCGUGGACUCAGACGGAGGACGAGAGGGUCAUCGAUCUGGUGCAGAAUUACGGCGUGAAGCGCUGGUCGCUCAUCGCCAAGCACCUGCUGAGCCGCAACGGGAAGCAGUGCCGCGAGCGCUGGCACAACCACCUGAACCCUGCGGUGAAGAAGAGUGGCUGGACGCUGCAGGAGGACCGCAUCAUCUGCCAGGCGCACAGCAUGCUGGGAAACCGCUGGGCCGACAUGUCCAAGCUCAUG